AUGGUAGAUUUAGCGAUUCGUAAAAACAAUGUAGCGCAGGGUAAGGCGAAGAAGACCCGCAAGUUCGCGGAGGUCAAGCGGCGUAUGAGCCCGAAGGAUUCCAGGAUUGCAACGGUGAAGGCGAUAAAGAAGACGGCUAAACCGGAACCCCUGGUGGAAGCGCCCAAGGUGCACUCUGGGAUGUUCUUCAACUACAACGAGAACCUGGUUCCACCGUACCAGGUCAUCGUGGACACUAACUUCGUGAACGCCUCCAUACAGAACAAGCUGGAUCUGCACAAGGGCAUGCUCGACUGCCUCAUCGCAAAAUGUAUCGUGUGCGUCACUGACUGCGUGGUCGCGGAGCUGGAGAAGUUGGGCCACCGCUAUCGUCUGGCGCUGCAACUGGUGAAGGACCCGCGCGUGGAACGGCUGACGUGCGCGCACACCGGCACGUACGCCGACGACUGCAUCGUGGAGCGCAUCACGACGCACAAAUGCUACAUCGUGGCCACCAACGACCGUGACCUGAAACGCCGCAUCCGCAGGAUCCCCGGCGUCCCCAUCAUGUACGUCGCGAACCACAAGUACGCGAUAGAGCGCAUCCCGAUGUCAAUCACUGCGCGAUGA